AUGGCUUGCCAAACUGAGCAACAACACUUCCUUCUUGUUCCCUUAAUGUCCCAAAGCCAUCUCAUUCCCUUCACAGAGUUGGCCAAAUUACUUGCUGCCAAUGGUGUCUCUGUCACCAUCGUUCUUACACCCCUUAAUGCAGCCAGGUUCAACAUGGUCAUUGAUCAAGCAAAAACCUUAAAUCUCAAAAUUCAUUUUCACUUGCUACCCUUUCCUUGCACACAAGCAGGAUUGCCAGAAGGGUGUGAAAACAUGGACACCCUUCCUUCCCCUCAAUAUCAACACCCGUUUUUCGCCGCUUCCAAUAUGCUGAAAGAGCCACUUGAGAAAUGGCUUUCAGAGUGGGAAACACUACCCAGUUGCAUGGUUUCCGACAUAUGUCUUCCUUGGACAUCAAAUGUUGCAUCCAAGUUUAAGAUACCAAGGUUUGUCUUCCACGGAAUCUCUUGUUUCACCCUCUUGUGCUCACAUAACAUUAGCCUUUCCAAGGUGCAUGAGAGUGCCACCUCAAUGUCAACGCCAUUUGUUGUACCUGACUUACCUGACACGAUUGAAUUCACCAAGGCACAGUUACCCGAUGCAAUCAAGAUGGACUCAAAGGCUUGGAAACAUGCUAUUGAUCAAUUCAAAGCGGCUGAACUUUCAGCUGAAGGGAUAUUAGUGAACACUUUUGAGGAGUUGGAGAACAUGUACGUGAAAGGGUAUGAGAAAGUGGUGAGAAAAGUUUGGUGUAUAGGACCACUUUUUUUGCAUGACAAGUUAAUGUUGGACAAGUCAAUGGAUGAAUCUGAAUGUCUAAACUUUCUUUCUUCCAACAAGCCUUGCUCCAUCAUCUAUGUUUGUUUUGGCAGCAUGUCUCGCAUUAUGGCUUCACAAUUGAAGGAGCUUGCUUUGGGCUUGGAAGCAUCAAGCCACCCAUUCAUUUGGGUAAUUGGAAAAAAUGAUUGUUGUGAAGAGUUGGAGAAAUGGUUAGAAGAGAAGAAGUUUGAAGAGAAGAACAGAGGAAGAGGUGUCAUAAUUAGAGGAUGGGCAUCACAAGUUGAGAUACUAUCCCAUCCUACAAUUGGUGGGUUCUUAUCACAUUGUGGUUGGAAUUCCACAUUGGAAGCAGUUUCUGUAGGGGUCCCUAUGAUAACUUGGCCAAUGUCUGGUGAGCAAUUUUUUAAUGAGAAGCUCAUUGUGCAAGUGCUGAAGAUUGGUGUGAGGAUUGGGGUUGAAGUUGUUGCGGAUCCCAUGAAGGCUAAGGAAGUAUUGGUGAAGAAGGAGGGUGUGAAGAAGGCUAUUGACCAGCUCAUGGAGCAAGGUGGAGAUGGGGAACAAAGGAGGAACAGAGCUAGAGAGAUAAAAGAAAUGGCUCAUAAGGCUGUUGAAGAUGGUGGAUCAUCCGCUUCAAAUUGCAAAUUAUUUAUCCAAAAAAUUGUGGGCAAUGUCAAAAUCAACUGA